UCUGGGAAUGUCUCCUUUCUGCUGUGUGUGAUCAGUGAUCAGGAUGCUUCCACUGGACAGGGACCCUUUGGCCGGUACCACCAGCUGUUUCUAAACCUCCUGUCAUAACCCUCAUCUCUCAGCUUAUAGCUUCCGCAUUAUCCUCGGUCCUACUCAGAACCAUCCUGCCUCUGGCCCAGUUUCUCUCCUGCACCAAGACAGGGAUCGAGAUCUUGUACUCUCAACUAUUUGUCUCAGGACAUGCUGCUUCUCCUUAUCUGGAUGCAAUUGACAUAUAAGUGAAGUGUCAGGCUUUGGACAUUGUAAAACCAGUGAAAUGCUCCAGGAAAAAAGCUUGCCUGAGGGUGAGGAUGGCUUUACAGCAACCCAAACAGCUGGACAUGUAGAGGCUGCAGCAGGAUCACCAACAAUGGGAGUAGCAGGGCUGAGCAACUCACUGAGUAGCCCGCAGAGCCAAGAUCCAGAGCAGACAAUUGAAAAUAUUAAAGUGUAUCUUCAUGAAAAGGAGCUCUGGAAGAAGUUUCACGAAGCUGGCACUGAAAUGAUUAUAACCAAAGCUGGCAGGAGAAUGUUCCCAAGUUACAAAGUUAAAGUGACUGGGAUGAACCCCAAGACUAAAUAUAUUCUCCUCAUUGACAUUGUUCCAGCUGAUGACCAUCGAUACAAAUUCUGUGAUAAUAAAUGGAUGGUGGCUGGUAAAGCCGAGCCUGCAAUGCCUGGAAGGUUAUACGUCCACCCGGACUCCCCUGCUACUGGAGCUCACUGGAUGAGGCAACUGGUGUCAUUUCAAAAACUAAAGUUAACCAACAACCAUCUUGAUCCAUUUGGCCAUAUUAUUUUAAAUUCCAUGCAUAAAUACCAGCCGAGGCUACAUAUAGUCAAAGCGGAUGAAAACAAUGCAUUUGGAUCCAAGAACACAGCUUUCUGUACUCAUGUAUUUUCAGAGACAUCCUUUAUAUCAGUGACCUCUUAUCAAAAUCACAAGAUUACACAAUUGAAAAUUGAAAAUAAUCCUUUUGCCAAAGGCUUCAGAGGAAGUGACGACAGUGACUUGCGUGUAGCUCGUCUGCAAAGUAAAGAAUAUCCUGUAAUAUCUAAAAGCAUCAUGAGGCAACGAUUGGUAUCAAGUCAUCCAGGGCAGCUAACAAGCAAAUCAGAUCUUAGCGCGCUCCAUAGUAGCCACCAAGGUUUACAGCAUUAUCAGUAUGAGAAUGGGGCACACAUGCAGUUUGGUGCAGCUGAUGCUCAAGAUCUACCGCUCAACUCCUUCACAGCUCAGAGAGACUCCGGGCUCUUCUAUCACUGUUUAAAAAGAAGAGGUAUUGUACAACUAGAGGGUGCCCGCCACCUUGAACUUCCUUGCAAGCGAUCUUAUCUAGAUCCCUCUUCUUCUAUGGCAGAUGAUCACUACUUUCGAUCACCUCCACCAUACGACCAACAGAUGCUAAGCCCACCUUACCGCAAUGAAGUGGCACCAAGAGAUGCUUGUAUGUACUCUACUUCUGGAGCAGAAAUAGCAGGAGUAUCAGGUGUUGAUGAUUUGCCUCCUCCACCACCACCUUUAAGUUGCAACAUGUGGACUUCUGUUUCACCAUACACAAGCUAUAGUGUCCAAACAAUGGAAACUGUUCCAUACCAGCCUUUUCCAACUCACUUUACCACCACCACCAUGAUGCCUCGUCUUCCCACAAUUACAAGCCAAGGAUCACAGCCACCAAGUGAAUCACACUUCAGUGUGUACAAUCAGCUUUCUCAGUCUCAAGUACGAGAAAGAGUUCCAACCUCAUCCUUUCAGAGAGAGAGAGUGCACCCAUCUUUAUGCGAAAGAAAGCCCCCAUCACCACACAUAAACACAGCAAAUGAAUUUUUAUAUUCACAAAGUUUUUCAUUAUCUAGAGAAUCUUCACUACAAUAUCACUCUGGCAUGGGGACAGUGGAAAACUGGACUGAUGGAUGACUGCACUUCCGACAUAUACCAUAUUUGAGUUAUUCUCUAUUGACCCAGACAAUCUGAUCUGUUAAUACCUGUGGGUAACCUGCACUUCGGUAAACUUUUGCCUAUGAAUCAAAUGAACAUUUAUUUUUAGUCAAAACAGGGUAAAUCACCCCAUCUAGAUGUCUUGUUAGUUUAAUGGAUGAAUUAUUGAGUUAACCAAGACAACUAUUGAAAAUACAUCAAACUAACUUGUAGAAAUUUCCUGGAAUCACUAAAUCUUUGCAUGCUGAAUAGCUAUUUAUACCUAUAUAUGUGUACAUAUAUAUAUUUUUAUAAAUAUAUAUAUCACAAAUGCAAGCCACAUGUCUGAUGAAGCUUAGCUAAUAAAGUUGAGAUGCUUAAUAAAAUUGUGAAUGUUACCAUGGUUCAUGGAGACAUCUAUUUAAGAUUUUUUAUGAUGAUAUAAGAAAAAACUGCGUGAGAGAAAUAGCAUAUAUAUAUCUACAGGAAGACACUUUAUGAGAAAUCCAGCUUAUAUCAAACAACUUGACAAUGUUUCUCUUAUACUUGUUAAAUAGCAUGGACUUUAUGCUUACUAAAUGGAAAGCUAAAAUGCUAUAAGGCAAUUGUUGAUGAUGUCAUACCUCUAGUUGUCUUUUCAUUGAUCUCUAUUUACAGUAUGUGUCGAGAUAUGGAUAUCUGCAGCUAAUGUAAAGUCUAGAUUUUAUUGUCCUUUCUUACUUUCUUCCAUCACUCUUACACAUCUACAGAAUGAUACCGACAUUUUUCAGACAUAUUUCCAGGAUAGAAAUGUUUUUUUUUUCAUUGGUCAUUGUUUUCUGCUGGAAUAGUGAAUAACAUUAAACUUAUG